AUGUCGCGUCAGCCAAGAUUGAAGCAACCGGAACACUCUUACCAGACGUGGAAACCUCGUCUCGUUGGCAGAACAAAAUGGGACUCUCCUAUUCCUACAUCGAAGCGUUAUUGGGAGAAGUUCUGCGACGACGAAGAAAAGAAGUUGGUUAGAUCCCUUGAUGCUCCGUCCAAAAAUUCUAUCAUGCCACAUGACGGAUCGGGGGAUGGAAAGGUGUAUUCAAAGAAGACGUGCCCCUUUCACAGACACGAACCUGCAGUGAAAAUUUUCGACGAUGAUAUCGAGAAAUAUUUGAUAGACGAUCCGAGAGCGAGCGUCUCGCCGAAUCAAAGAUUGAGCGAAUUGCCGUUACCGCGUGAAGCUCCUAAAUAUCGCAAAACCAAGGGAAAAAUAAAUGCCGUUAAGAAAAUUAAAGCGAUUACUUAUCCACCAAAGAAAUUAGAUCAUCAACCGGAUGAUAUUAUGAAUUUAACGCGAUACGCGUACAAAGCUUUGAAGCAUUCGGCGCUUAAUAAAAAUUUGAAUUUCAAGUCUGAAAUGUGGGAAGAGACAUCGGAGAAAUCGCGCGCUUCCACCGACAGAUCGAUAGUAGAUACAGACGGCAUGAAGUCAGACGCGAGCGAAAGUCCCGCCGAAUCCGGGACUCGCAGCCCGGAAUUUCCUUCCUUUCACGAGCUGCGAGAAAAAUUGCGGGCAAUGUGGGGCCAAAGUAUCGAAGAGAAAGCUUUUAAGUACAAGCUCUUGGGGUCCGGUUCCGGCAAUUCCUCGAUGAUUCCCGCGAAAUCGCUGGCGAGGUCCGCGUUCAGCACGAAAUUCGCCAGAUACGAGACCCGGGAAAGCCGGUCGGCGAAUGUCUUAGACGCCCUGCCGAAAGUGUCGUGCUUUCGACGCCGGAACCGUGACAGGUGCUUGUCCUGCAUGCAUAAGUCCCCCCGAAAGAUGGACGAAACCGAAGGCGUCUGUUCGCGAGCGAUGUUGCUGCCGGAAGCCGAGGCGAGAGACGACAGCGGGUCGUCCAGUUCCGACGGGCUGCAGGAAUUUCAAGAGGAACUGCGAACAAUACUAUGCGCUCGGCUAGAGGAAAUUCCGAGAUAUCCUGAAAAAGUCAAGGAUGUAUCGGACAAAACGACACCCUCGUCGCAUCGAGUGGAACAAGAGGACACUACGAUUUCGACGAAGGUUGACCCGAAUCAAUUGAAAGGUAAAACGCCGAAAACCACCGGGGGCUCCUUGUCCAAAUCCCCGAAGGGCGUGAUAAAAGCCACUUCCAGUUUGAUCUCGAUAUCCUCGGGACGAUCGAAAAUCUCGUCCUCGGAGACGCACACCUCCGACGACGAGGAGCCGUCGUCACCACGCACGCUUGGCGACGACCCGUCGCGGUACAAAAACAUGGCACCCUGUCACUUGCCCACGGUCCUUCUGCACAGUAUGGAGCCUUUGCGGGCCUUGAAGCAGAGGAAACCGACCACCAUGGAGGCGCGAAUCGCCCUCAUGGAGAGCGCGACGUCGACGAAGGAGAAAUCCGACGACGAGUAUUACGAGGGCGCGAAGGCCCAGAGCGCGCCGGAAAAGAAGUCGAGGACGGUCGAGGAAAGGCCCGGAAAAAUCGGCGGGGAAAAGGACGCGUCCUUGGUGAGGCCGAGGGCUCUGUUGAAAGUUAAGUCGGAGCGGCUGAUCCCGUCAAUUGUAGAACCCGCGCGAAAGGACGAGCUGAGACGAGGAUACAGUUGCGCGAGCAUCCAGGAUUUAUCGAAGGAUUCUACGAGAGGUACGCUCGAGAUUCCUCGCAACGAGGCGGAAGAUGAGCGAGGGGAGGUAAUCUCUUCGGAGGAGGUAGACUCCGUGAAAGAGUCGGCUCCUCCCGGCCGGACGACGGAGGCAGAGAGACGCGCGGAAUUACCGCUGUCGACGGCCGCCGAAAUCUCACGAUUUCUAGAGGGAGCGAUUCGCGAAGACGAGUCGCCGGCGAUCGUGCUGGAAAUGCUCGCGAACGAGUUUUCCUCGCGGGUGAUAAAGCAACACGACGCCGGCACGGCGGCGGCAAUAAGGCGCGCUAAAUUAGCCGCGAGAUUAACGAAGUUGUUGGCGGACUCGAAGCGUUAUUUGAGCCCUGAUAAGUUCCCGUCUGACCUCGUUUUCUCCGUGAAACAGCCCCCCAUUUUCAAUUCCCGCCUGCUCCAACGUAUUCUGCCGCUCGACUCCUACGAUCUCGUCGCACCGAUAUUGGGCAUGCCGUUCUGUUGCCCGGAACCUGUGCUAAAGAAGAAGGACGUGCGUAUAGAGAUUUACGAGGAGGAAGAGUCGGACGGCGAGGUCCCCUUCGACUUAGUGGUGCAUCCCCCGACGAGCAAAGACAUUUCGCGGGAUGAAGUAGGUCAGAUCAAAUUGAAUCCUUACGCUCUCUUUUUGAAGAAGCCGCGACGCAAGGUUGUCACUUGGCGUCCUUUAACGGCGGAAGACCUCAAAGGCUACGAUCCCGAGGCCACCCUCGAAAUGAGAGCCAGAAAUAUUACGGACAGGAUAUGCCGUGACUUCUGCGAGUGGCUGCGCGUUUUAGGCGGCACCGACAAACUCAUCGACGAGGACGUCCUCCGAGAUAUGUUCGAGAUUGAAUUUACGGCCGAGGCCAAUAGAACGAUACAGAUGUCGAUGAAGGAAAUGCCGAUGGUGCCCAGCGUGGUAGCCGCAGCGAGACAAUGUCACGACGCGGCCGAGCUCGCUAUGACCAGGAAGCACCUGAUUAGAGACGCCGAAGCGGAGACUAAGCCGGCCAAAACAAUGGCGUUCGGCACCAUGAUACCCUGGCAACAUCAAUUUGUACCGCCCGAGAAUCGCGUGGAGGAGACGUGGAUGCGGUGCGAAAACGUGAUGCUGGAUCUCGAGACGAUGGAUGUGGUUUGGGACGGGAUAACGCAUCUGGAGAGCGUCAGGUCCUUCGUCAAGUGGCUUCGCGAGCGUCCGCAGAUCUCGCUGCCGGACGCGCUGAUGAGCGCGAAGAUCACGAAUCCUUGGAAACGGUCGAUCGCAAGCCAUUCUCUCGCGCACUAG